AUGAAUAUCCGAUCUCUUCAACUGGAAACUAGUACUGGAGGUACUCACGGUCAGGCUGCCUUCCCCAAUACUUCCAGUGGUACUGGAAGUGUUCCCUCCACCAUUUCUACUGAUACUUCUGCUGGCUUUGGUAAUGAAUUUUCCACAUCUGAGUUUUCUGCUCCUCUACCUGGAUCAGAAUUAGGCCCAUAUUCCAGAUUUUCAUCCACUUCAGCUGCAUCAAACCCUGGAUCGAGGCUCUCAACCACUUCAACUGCAUUAAGUCAUGACUCGGGACUGUCAUCCACUUCAGCUGCAUCAACCUCUAACUCGGGACUUUCAACUACUUUUACUAGAUCAGAAUCUGGGUCAUCCGGUCAGGUUGCAGAUAGUGUAGCGGUGUUCGUGACUGGCCAAGGUGCGCAAACUGGAGGUUCCCAUGGUCAGGCUUCCUUCUCUGGAGCCUCCAUUAGUACCGGAAGUGGAAUUCCCAGUUCCCCCUCAACUGAUCUUUCUGCUAGCUCUAAUAUAGCUUCUAGUUCUUCAGGUGGAUCUAGUUUGAGCCAUAACUCUUCACCUGGAUUAGUCUCUGGUUCACAACUCCAGUCUUCUUCAGCCGAGUCCAGCUCUGAAUCAAAAUUUUCAUCUGAUUCUUCGACUGGAUUAAGUUCUGGCACAAGGUUCUCGUCCACUUCUUCGGUUGGCGCAAGUGAAUCUGGCUUCGUGCCAUCCGGUCAAGUUGUUGGAGCAGCAUUGAAUCUGGCUAGUGAAGGUGUCCUUGCUGGAGGUACUCCUGGCCAAGCUGCCUUCUCCAGCACUUCCAGUGAAACUGGAAGUGAAUUUUCCAGUCCCACCUCUAGUAACAGCUUUUCCACUUCCAGAUUUACAACUGGAUCAGACUCCGUUUCUAAUGUCCCAUCCAUCUCUACCACUGGAGUAAGUUCCGAUUUCAAGCUCUCAUCGAGUUCAGUUGGUUCAAGUUCCGGAAUUUUAUCCACUUCUCCAACCGUAUCAAGCCCUGAUUCAGUUGAAUCAGGCUCUGGGACCACCUUUGGUCAGGUGAAUGAAGGUGUAUCAGUUACCAUGGUUAGUCAAUCACCUCCUGCUGGAGGUGCUCAUGGUCAGGCUGCUUUCUCCGGUACUUCCAGUGAUUCUGAAAGUGAAUCCUCCAGCUUCUCCACCUCUGAUGCAGCUAUUAAAACUGUCAAGAAAUAUUCCACCUCCAGAUUUCCAUCCGGCUCUUCAACUGGAUCAGAAUCUAACUUACUCUCUACCACUUCGUCUGGAUCGGGCUCUGGUACUUUAGGGCUUGUAUCCACAUCUCCAACUGGCUCAAUCCCUGAUUCAAUGUUCUCAUCCUCAUCUUCAACUGGACUAGACUCUGGGUCAUCUGGUCAGGUCACUGAAGAUGUAGCAGUGACUCUGGCCGGUCAAGGUGGUACCCCUGCUGGAAGUAUUCAUAGCCAUUCUGCCUUCUCCGGUACUUCCAGUGAUUCUGUAAGUGGAUUAUCUAGCUCUGCAGGUACUUCUGCUGGCUUUGGCUUUUCAGCAACUUCUUCGUUUGGAUCAGGUUCUAGCUCCCUUUCCACCCCUUCAUCUGGAUUAGGCUCUGAUUCCAAGUUUUCUUCAUCUUCACCUGGAUCAAGCCCUGACUCAAGGCUCUUAUCCACCUCUACAGCUGGAUCAAGUGACAGUUCUACGUUCUCAUCAACUUCAACUGGAUCAGAUUCCGAGUUAUCUGAUCAGCAUGGUGGUGUAGCAGUGUUCGUGGCUGCCCACGGUGCCCAAAUUGGAGGUUCUCAUGGUCAAACUGCCUUCUCCGGAACUUCCUUUAGUUCUGGAAGUGGAUCGUCCGGUUCACCCACUUCAUUUUAUAGCUCUGCUGGCACUGAUAACAGGGUUUUACACUCAAGUGGAUCUGGCUCUAGCCACAAAUUGGAUCAGGUGGAUAGUUCUAAAUUCUCAUCCACUUCUUCAAUUGGAUCUGGCUCUGGAUCAUCUGGUCAGAUUGCUGAAGGAGUAUCAGUGAAAUUAACCAGUGAAAGUGGUUUUGCUGGAGUUAGUAGCGGUCAAACUAUCGUCUCCGGCACUACCAGUGACGCUCGUGACUCUGUUGGAUCUGGUAAUAGCUUCUCCUCUAGAUUCCCAGACAUUUCAUCUGGAUCAGGUUCUAGUUUCCCGUCCACCUCCUCAAUUGGAUUAAGCACUGGUUCCAGGUUCUCUUCCACUUCCACUGGAUCAGGCUCUGGGUCUUCUGGUCAGGUCAGUAAAGGAGUAGCAGUGAUCCUGGCUGGCCAUGGUGCCCAAACUGGAGGUUCUCAUGGUCAGGCUGCCUUCUCCGGUACUUCCAUUAGUUCUGGAAUUGGAACUUCCACUUCCUCUGGUGUUUCUAGAGAUUCUGAAAACAAAGUCUUCACCUCAAGGUUUUCGUCCACCUCAUCAACUGGAUCAGGUGACAGUUCUAAGUUUUCAUCCAUUUCUUCAACUGGAUCUGGCUCCGGGUCACCUGGUCAGAUUGUUGAGGGAUUAGUAGUGAAACUGGCUGAUCAAAGCGUCCCUGCUGGGGAUACUCGUGGUCAGGCUGCCUUCUCCGGUGCUUCAGGAAGUGGAUCGUCUAGUUCUACCUUCUCUGGGUCUGCUGGCUCUGGUAAUGGAUUGUCUACCUCUGGGUUUUCAUCAUCUUCCUCGGCUGGAUCAGUCUCUAGCUCCAGUUUUCCAUCUACAUCUACUGGAUUAAGCUCAGAUUCCAGGCUCUCAAGUUCUUCGACUGGAUCAGACUCUCGAUCAUCCGUAAAUGUGGUCAAAGGUGUAGCAGUGGUCCUCUCUGGCCAAAGUGUACCUGCUGGAUCAUUCGGUUCUACCACCUUUGGUGCUCCUACUGGCUCUGGUAAUAGAUUGUCUGCCUUAGGAGUAUCAACUGGAUCAAGUUCUAGCUCUAAUAUCCCAUCCUCUUCUUCAACUGGGUUAGACUCCGCCUCUGCUUUUUCAUCUACUUCCACGAAAACAGACUCUGUGCCCCCUGUUCAAGUCAUUGAAGGAGUUCCUGUGAUCCUUGCUGGCAAGACUCAAUUCUCCAGUGCUUUCUCUGGCUCUGGAAGUAGAACUGCAGACUCUUCCACCUUCAUAGGUUCUGGACAUGAUUCCAGUAGUAAAUUUCCUAGCGCUGCCCCACUCUCCGGCACUCUGAGCGACUCUGGAAUUAGACUGUCCAAUCCUUCCUCCUUCCCUGGUACGCCUACUGGCACCGAAAGUGAAUAUCCGAGCUCUAGUCUUUCAUCCACAUCUUCAUUUAGUUCAAGCUCGGGGCUGAGCCUUGCCUCCAGUACAACUAGAUCAGGCACCGGGUCAUCUUCUAGUCAGGUAGUUGAAGGUGUGCCAGUUGUCCUACCAAGCCAAAGUGUCUCUUUCGGCUCUUCCAGUGGCGCUGGAAGCAGUUCAUCGGGUUUCUCCACCACCAGUUCGUUUGAUUCCAAUAGCGGAUCGUCCGGUUCUUCAAUCGGUUCCACUAGUGAUCCGUUCGGCUCCGCAGACCUUAUUGGGACUUCUCGUGGGUCGGGAAAUGCACCAUCUCUCUCCUCGAGUGCACCUUUUGCCCCUGAUGUAUCGACAGGCUCAGCAAACUUUAAUCAGAAAGACACUAGUUUUGUGUCGUUAAUUCCCGCCACCAAGAUUGAGAUAAAGACCCCUCCACUAGGAACCAGUUCUCUCUAUAAUCUACCAGAAGUCAACAAUGUACUUUCUGAAACGGGAAAUUCAGGAUCUUCAAUUCAGUCGUCCGGUUUUACAGACUCGUCAAAGGCACCAGGGUUCGGUGACUCCUCUAGAGUCACCUCUGGUUCUUCCCCUGGUUCGCCUUCUUUAGGAACUGGCAGUUCCAAUGGUGUCAGCUCUGGUUUCUCCUCUGGAAACCCCAGUGGCUCUGGAUUAUCAGUAGGCAUAACUGGUGUUUCCAGUUCUGGAUCAGCAUCUGGGAGCUCCACUGGUUCUACUGGAUUUUCAUCAGGUAGUUCUGGUUCUAGAUUUCCAUCCAUCUCUGCAAGUGGGUUAAGCUCUGGGGCUUCCGCUGGUCAGGUCGGUGGCAGUUUAGCAGUGAUUUUGGCUGGCCAGAGGCUUCCAUCUGGAGUUACUCGAGGUCAAGCUGCCCUCCAGGUUUCUACUGGCUCUAACAGAGGUAGUGCUAAUCCUGGAUCCUCUUCAUUUAACUCAUUUGGUGCUACUUCACGGUUACCAACUGGAAGCUCUAGCUCUUCCGGUACAGAAUUUCCAUCCCGAAGCCCAGGUUUUUCUAGUUCUGUGUCGCAUCUUUAAGCUCUAGUGGACCAGGUUCUGGGUCCUCUCCGGCAGGCUUCGGUGGUGCGCUGAGUUCCCAGCCUUUCAGUACCUCUGGCUCUCUUGUUUCUACUGGAUCAGGUUCUGCAUUACAAGUUUCACCCCUCUCGAUU